UGCAAUGAAGCUCCAACCCAAGAUGGACGUAGACUAGAAUCUUCCUGGCGCUCGCACGAGCUCGGUUGGAACGCAGGGACCUUGCUUUUAAAGGCGCUACCCGGUGCACUCAGGAACUUGAGUUCCGUCUGCCUGCACUUGCUCCCGCGCUUUUGCCAUCCAGGUCACCUCGCCAGCAUGUCUCAGGCUGAAUUCGACAAAGCUGCCGAGGAGGUGAAGCGCCUCAAGACUCAGCCAAGUGAUGAAGAGAUGCUCUUCAUCUAUAGCCACUUCAAACAAGCCACCGUGGGCGACGUAAAUACAGAUCGGCCAGGGCUUUUGGACCUCAAAGGCAAGGCCAAGUGGGAUUCCUGGAAUAAACUGAAAGGAACUUCCAAGGAAAGCGCCAUGAAAACCUACGUGGAAAAAGUGGAAGAGCUAAAGAAGAAAUACGGGAUAUAGAAGACCAGAUUUGGUGGCCAGCCACACGUGUGACCUGUGACAACAUAAUGCCUUGUUUUUUUUCUAAUGUAGAUGAUACGGUUCUGAUAAAUUAGGGCCAGAAUUAAUCUCUGAUCCUCCUCCCUGUGUAGUUUUUACCUGAAAUCAAUUAAAAGUACAUUUGUUACUUUA